AUGACGCGUACCGGUGGUUGCUACUGUGGUGACGAGGUCGCCUACACCCUCGACGACCCCACGACCGACGGUAUCAUUUGCCACUGCAAGACUUGCCAAAAGCUCCACGCCGGCCAGUCGCUCAACCUCAAGUCGACGCAGGACGCCCUCAAGGUCACCAAGGGCACGCCCAGGUCAUACGUUGACCGCGGCACCGACUCGGGCAAGCCCAUUACCCGCUACUUUUGCGGUACCUGCGCUUCGGGUCUGUACUCUGACCCCGACGCCAUUCCCGGUGUCCGUUUCGUCAAGGCUGGUUCUCUCGACGACACCAGCGACCUCCAGCUUGUCGCCGAAAUCUAUGUCAACACUGGCAUCAAGUCCCAGGUGCUCCCCAAGGCUUCACAGAAGCACUUUGAAGGUAUGAUGGCCAAGGAGAUCUAA